AUGUCAAGAAGAAAAGUCUCACGAAUCGUCGUCAAACCUUGCUCAAGCCCGGAUUUUGCCUUUGAAAAAUUACAAAUUGCCCCGAAAGAAAGCACGAGCAAACUGUCAAAUGAGCUUCCGAGCUGUCCAAAUUGUCAAAAAUACAGAGCGGAAAUCAAGAAGUUACGAUCGCUGAAAAAGGUUAACGAAAGCUUUUUUACUCCGCCGGUUUUGGUCGCCAAUGUCGCAACAAUGACUCCACCAAUGGUCAAACUCCCCGUUCUCAAAGCAAAAUCAACGAAGAAAACUACUGGAACCCGAAGAUCUAAUUUUUGGCCAUUCAUGAAAGGGACUAAAACCAAAACAAGACGACGGAGAACUGUUUCCACCCCCGAUAUUGGCAUCAUUGACGAAUCAAAUCUAAGCAAAUCAUCGUCAGUUCUCGAUCUUCUUCCCCAAGUGCCGCAGCAGAAAAUGAAAAUAAACUUGGCGAGAUCGAAAAUUCCUUUCGGAGACAUGAGAGAUUUCUUCAAGUGGCUUUUUGCCGCUCUUCUGGGUGCUGGCAUCGCCCUGGCAAUCGCCCUCCCCCUUCUCUUCAUCGGAGAAGAGCCAUAUGAACCAACUAUCGGCAAAAAUGGCCAAGUCUUCCCUGACAAAGAUUUCCUCCUUUUUGAAGAUAUGUGGAAGGGAAAACUCAGCUCGAAAUCCUUCAAUCCGACUUUUUCCGCUGUGAACCCGAACCAGUAUUUUUGCACAGAAAACUUGAGCGAUGGAAAAUUUAUGAUUUACCGGAAGAACAUUGAUGAUUAUGAUGGAGAAUCGGAUGAUUGCUCUGUUGGAGAGAAGGUGACAAAAUCAACUGCCUUCAGCGAGUGGUACAGAAGCAAGGGAAUGCAGAAAUAUUAUCUUUCGCCUGAUGAGAAAUUUGCUUUGGCGAGAAAUAAUUAUAUGAAGCAGUGGCGACACUCUUACUUCUCCGACUACUACGUUUUCGAUCUUGUAAAUGAGCAAGAGCUAACAAAUGCCAAUAUUGCGACUUUCAAGCAGGUUCAAUAUGCGACUUGGUCACCGAACGUCAAUGGAAUUCUGAAAUUGCUCUGGGUUGACAACAACAAAGAUAUUUACUUCGCUUCUGUUAGUGAUCGGUUUUCGACAGCAAGGAGAGUAACUGAUGACGGAGGCUGGUGCAUGGAAAACGGAGAACAUCACCUUCUAGGAAUUGGAUACGCGUCUGACCCAACAAAAUGCAUCUACAACGGCGUGCCAGAAUGGAAUUACGAAGAAGAAAUGGUCUCCACCACAAACACAAUCUACUGGGCCCCAGAUGGCAAGUCUUUCACUUUCGCCGCCUUCGACGUCUCUGAAAUCGAACUUCUCAAAUACAGCGUCUACCCAGAAAAAGCAACAGCUUCAAGUCCCAAGGAAAUCGUCAAGGACUCAAUCGAUCAGUUCCCAAGAGUCAAUACGAUCCACUACGCAAAAGCAGCUGGAAAAAUCGCCAAGACAAAAUUCUACAUUGUCGAUGCUUCAAAAUCAACUUUCAACGAGGCCACUGAUAAAAAAGAACUCGUGCCAAUCGGUGGAAUCCUCGAUUUUGAGCGUGGAACUGGAGGCGAUCCGGAAAACCGCUAUUUUACCCGACUUUCCUACGCGGCCGAUAGUUCUAGAUUUGCCAUGGUCUGGUCUAGCCGCGCUGGAACUCAAUCAAAAACUGUCGUUUGCAAUACUGACAUCGCAAACACUGACUGCUCAAUUCGAGGAGGCGAAACUGGUGGCGUUUUUGGUGAGUUUGAUGAUGAAGGUCAUGUUUGGACAAAUUUGGACGAAAAAGGUGGGCAGAAGAAUAUGUACCACGGAUGGGUCGGGGAUUUCGGCCCGUUUGAGCCCAUUCUAACUGGGGAUGAGUAUUUUACGAUUCAUUCAAAGAAAGUGGAUGGGUCGGAACAAACAGACUCGCAUGCCUACGGGAUGAAAAUCAAGGAUGGCUACUGGAAUAUCGCACGUGAGUCAUUCCGAGGUCUCCCAGACGGCAUCACGGAAUUAACCUGGAUCACUGACACGACGGAGGAUCAAUGGGUGGUUACGCAACUCAAUUUCUAUGACUCCGUCAAUCAGAUUCUCUACUUUACCGGAGCGCGAGGAAACGAAGUAAGACAUCGCCAGCGCCAUGUCUUCCGAGUUUCCACAGCCGGAGUGAAUUUUCCAGUGAAGGAGCCUGAAUGCGUUACUUGUGAGCUCGAGCAAGAUCAAAAUGGAGCCUCUCAUUGUGGAUGGGUUAAUUUUAGAAGAAAUUGCCAAGAAACUGUCGGAGGAACCUGUAAAAUGCGCUUUAUCGCCAACUGCCGAGGAAAUCUUCGCCCUAAGACCUUCAUCACCCCUGCCGAUCAAGAUUUCUCCAUCACCGGCAAGAUCUCCUUCAAUUUGAUUCAAGACAACACCAAGCUGCAAAAUACGCUCGACGAAAUGAAGGGCUACCCAACGACAAUUUACGGAACAUGGGAAAAUCCAAAAUGGGGAGGACUCAAACACAACUUUGAAAUGUUCGUCCCAAAGAGUUUCUUUAUCGAUGGAAAUGAACGAAAUGAAUGGGCCGAUCGCCUCGACAAAACACGAGUUUCUCUUUACGGGUGGUCUUACGGAGGAUACACUACGACACACAUUAUCGGAUACGGAGGCGGAGAGCACGGCAAGAUCUUCACAAGUGGUGUUGCGGUAGCUCCUCUUGCUGAUAGAAGAUUUUAUGACGCGAUGCAUGCUGAGCGAUACAUGGAUUUCACUGGCGAACCAAAUGAACUUCUAUCUCCGCACUGGAAAAACUGCUCAAUGAUUGAAAGACCCAUCCUCGAAAACGACAUGGCGCAUUUCCGAGACACAGAAUAUCACCUUAUUCAUGGAACAAAUGACGACAAUGUCCACUUUUUAUCCGCCGCUAGAAUGACCAAAGAACUAACCAAGCGAGGCAUUGAAUUUGACAACUUCUUCUAUGCUGAUGAAGAUCAUUCAAUCCGGUCAACGACUCUCACUCAACAGCAUAUUUACCGAAACAUCAUCAAGAGAAUCGUUCAUUCUUGGGGAUACGUUUGGAAUGGAGAUGGAGAAGGAUACAAUAGGCAAUAA